AUGGGUUCUAAUCCAAACCAAGAAGAGCAAGCUCGGUUUGGUGGUGAUCAGAAUGCCAGUGAUAAUAUGUAUCGAUAUAUUCAAUCCUUACAAAUAGCUUCAAACCCAGGAAGCAACCUCAUCAACGCUACCUCUGCAAAUAUUAACUCCGGUGGAACGUCGUCGGGAUUCAACGGCAGCGGUGUCGAAAGAGCCAGUUCUUCAAACCCUGAAGCUUCAAUGAACAAGAGGAAUGGUUCUCAUCAAAAACGACGAUUUAUUUGGACUCCAGAACAUCAUCAAUCGUUUCUUGAAGUUAUUGAAUUUCUUGAAACUCAAAAUGCCUCAUCAAAUAGGAAAGUUGUUCCUAGGAAGAUCUUGCACGAAAUGCAAAAAAGGUAUCCAAAUAUCACUCGAGAAAACGUUGCUAGCCACCUUCAAAAACAUAGAAUGCAUCUCAAAAAUUUGAAUAAUAGAGAGUUGAAUAAUUCAGCUACUAGCCUUAAUUCUCAGCUUCUCCAAAGCUCUUCCUUUGUCGUAAACCCUAAUUUUCAGGUUCCUCAAUUAACCUGUUCAAGCUCCGAAAACCCUAAUUUUAAUGUUCCUCCACAAACCCAUUCCCGUUCGAAAAACCCUAAUCCUCAGUCUCCUCUACUAGUCCAGUCCAGCACGAAAAGCCCUAAUUCUUGCCCUUCUCCACAAAACCAUUUUAGUUUCAUAAACCCCAAGUAUCAUCAUCGAAGCCAUUUAAACCCUAACAAUCAUCCUCGAAGCCAUUUAAAUCCUAAUUAUCAUUCCGAAAACGCUAAUUGUCACCCUCUUCAACAAACCCAUUUGAAUUCCAUAAACCCUAAUUGUGACCCUCUCCCACAAACCCAUUUAAUUUCCAACGACCCUCAUUAUCAAUCUAUUCCACAAACCCAUUUCAGUUCUAUAAACCCUAAUUCAAACCCUAAUUCCAAUUCAAAUAUGAUGAAUGUUGGUGGAAUCCCAGAAAACCCACAUUUAGUUCAACCCACAAACACUGAGUUUGGUAUUAUCCCUUGCCCUCCUCCAAUUUCACCCAAUCAAACCUCCUCCAUUGAUCCUAUCAGGGAUAACCCUCUUGAAGCACUUAACAAUCCAAACUUUUUUCAAGAUUACAACAUGAAUUUCAAUUCUGACCACCUUCAAGUUGGUGGUGCUGUCGCCAAUAACAUGUCUCUGCCUUUGGAUUCUUGCUGUCCUUUCAAUUUAAAUCCCCAUUUUCAGAUGAACUACGAACAAGCUCUUCAAUCCAUGCAAUACCCAAACAAUGGUUUUGUAUCACAACAAAGUUUUGAUAAUCAUAUGGAGAAUGAUUCAAUCUUACACCAAGGUUUUGAUAGCUACGUGGAGAGUGAUUCAAUGUUACUACAAAGUUUUGAUACACAUCAACUUUCGAACGUGGUGAGAAUCCAACGAGAUCCAAAGGCUUCAAUGAAGAACCUGAAGAAUGGUUCGCAUCAUCUAUCGGGAAUCAAAAAACAACGAUUAAUUUGGACUCCAGAACUUCAUCAAUCGUUUCUUGAAGUUCUUGAAGUUCUUCAAGCUCAAAAUGACUCAUCAAACGGGAAAGUUGUUCCUAGGAAGAUCUUGGAGGAAAUGAGAAAACGAUAUCCGCAUAUCACUAGAGAAAAUAUUGCCAGCCAUCUUCAAAGACAGAUUGCAUCUCAGAAAUUGGAAUAA